AUGAGAUUGAGUUCCACGAAUAUGCAGGCUAGAAAGAUGUUAUUUGCUGCUAUUCUAUUUAUUUGUGCAUUAAGUUUGAAGAAGAUCUCAAUCUAUAAUGAAGAAAUGAUAGUAGCUCGUUGUUUUAUAGGCUUUAUCAUAUUCAGUCGGAAGAGUUUAGGUAAUACUUUCAAAGUGACUUUCGAUGGGAGAGUCCAGGCUAUUCGGGAAGAAUCGCAACAAUUUCCCAAUCCUAACGAAGUAGUUCCUCCGGAAUCCAAUGAACAACAACGAUUACUUAGGAUCAGCUUGCGAAUUUGUGGCACCGUAGUGGAAUCAUUACUAAUGGCACGCUGUGCGCCUAAGUGUGAAAAGACAGUGCAAGUUUUGUUAUGCCGAAACCUAAAUGUUAAGUCAGCAACACUUUCAAAUGCCACUUCUUCCCGUCGCAUCCGUCUUCAGGACGAUCUAGUCACAGGGUUUCACUUCUCAGUGAGUGAAAGAUUUUUCCCCGGGUGUACGUUGAAAGCUUCUAUAGUAGAACUUAUUCGAGAGGGCAUGGUGGUCUUAAGAAUGGUUCGGGUGGGGGGUUCUCUUAAGAAUAAAGAAGAUUAA